GCAACCAUCACCUUCUCAACCUACCUCACGUCAUGCAUCGCGAUCAUUAUUGCCGCAGCUGCAGCCGCAGCCGCAGCAAACAUGUGGAAGAUCGGCAUCACCUGAUCGUCGAUCUUCCAAUCAAAAUCAGUUACAUAAUCAUGACAAUAAUCGAGAUGCUCAUUCAAGUCGCCAUCGCUGUGAAGCUGAGGACCGAGAACGUCUCUUUGCUCAGAACCAUCAAAUAUACCUCCUGAUCAGACAGUUAAGUGAUGAUUUUCAAGAUUUUAGGAAUGAAAUGUGGCAAAGAAACAUUCAAGGCACUCAAGGCAUUCAAGGCAAGGAUUUUUUGGCCAAAGUGUGGAACGAAGUAUAUAUUAGCAUUGUCAAAUGCCUUUUUUUACGUAUAAUAUAUCCCACCCAAGAUAAAAUAAAAGAGUCCCUCAAGGACUACUUAAACGAAAAGUUCCCUGAAUUCAUGGCGAACUUAAGUGCUAACGAUUUUGCAAACUGGUUCCAUGGUGUGUGGUGUUCUCAG